AUGGAGAAACACUGGUUUCAUCGGGCGGAAGUUCGCGCUCGGCUUCUUCUGCCCGGGAAAAGUAGGAACCAGUACUUGGGCAUAUGGUACAACAACAUACCGAACCAGACCAUGGUUUGGGUUGCCAACAGAGAAGCUCCACUCACGAAUAAUACCGGCGUCUUAACACUGACAGAGGCAGGAACUCUGAAUCUUCUUAACGAAACAGACGGCCUAAUAUGGUCAACCAACGCAUCACGAACUGUGCAGAAUCCAACCGUGCAAUUGCUAGAUUCGGGGAAUCUUGUUGUCAAGGAUGCAGAUGAUGAUAAGCCGGAGAAUUUCCUGUGGCAGAACUUCGAUCAUCCAACGGAUACCUAUUUACCUGGCAUGAAAAUGGGAUGGGAUUUGAUCAGAGGGAAGGAGCUUUACAUGUCAUCGUGGCGGAGCAACGAUGAUCCUGCUCCCGGGGAGUUUCGAACACACAUGGACCUGUCUGGAUAUCCACAGAUCUUCACUGAAGGAGGCAGAGGCGUCAGAUAUAGAUACGGGCAGUGGAACGGGGUCCAGUUUAGCGGGAUAGCAUAUACUGUUACAGAUGCUGAGAAUAUCAGGGUAGCACUAGAGAUGAACAGAGAGCAAGUAAUGUAUUCGGAAUAUGUCGUGCAGUUAUCUGUAGUUACUAGGCUCACAUUGUAUCCGGAUGGCAAUGGGGUCCGCUGGACUUGGAACGAAGGAAAUCGAGCAUGA